AUGAUUCUCAUGCACACUAUCCUUAGUUCUGUGGUCGUUGGGAAUCUUGUAGAUGCCCUCGCAACACCUACUCAGGAGUCUCCCAUUUCUGCACGAGUAGCUCCUUUCAUCCCCGGCGGCAAAAAGGCUGGAUCUGCCGGUGGAAGCGCUGUUCCAUUCUGGAAAGACCAUCUUGGCUGGUGGUACGACUGGACCCCUGCGCCAACCUCGGUCGCUGGCGUCGUUGGCGUUUCCAUGCUCUGGGGAAGUGGCCAGAACGGACCCCAGGACUCAAAGCGGUUCUCCGAAUUUGGCAAUUUGAAGGAGACACCCACCUACCUCCUCGGGUUCAACGAGCCUGACUGCUCCGGUCAGGACACAUCAGCCAACUUCGGCGUCAGCAAGGGUGUCGAGCUUUGGAACAGCUUAAUCGCUCCCAAAGGCCAACAGGGCGCUCUUCUCGGCAGUCCCGCCAUGUGCAUGCAAAAGGAUGAGAAGUGGCUCAAGGAAUUCAGCACCGCCGGUCUGUCAAAGACAUGGGACUUCACCGCCAUCCACAUCUACAAGCCGGAUAUGACUGGUGUCCAAGCCGACAUCGACUACUACUGGAACACGUACGGCAAGCCAAUCUGGGUGACAGAGUUCGGAUGCGUUUAUGAUCAGAACAAUUUCACGCCUUGUUCCGACCAGGGUCAGAUCAACAAAUGGAUUUCCGAUAUCGUUGAUCUCUUCGAGAAGAAUGAGCAUGUGGCCGCGUAUGCGUACACUGAUAGUGGAGGUCUUGGUCAGGCCUGGCUGCCUACUACUGACGGUGGGAAGAAGCUUUCCCAGUCUGGUCAAGCCUAUCUAUCUGCCAUUAGCAAGUAUCAUUAG